AUGAUCCGCCCUCCACAAACUGCUCGGAGCAGACUGAGUGACAGACUGAAACACACAGGAGACCGGCAGGACAGAGAGAAAGAAGGGAGGAAGGAAAGAAACAAAGGCAAGAAAGGAAGAGAGUAAGGAACAAAGAAAGAAAGACGCAAAGAGGAAAAGAAAAAAGAAAGGGGGAAAAAAGGAAUAAAGAAGAGAACGUUCCUAACUUUGGGAAGCGGGACUUUUUUUUUUUUCUUCUUUUUCUUUUUCCGUGCUGGACGCAGACAUGCGCUGGAAAAGUGAAGUCAAAGUGGAAUGCUGCGCCGUGAACGACAGCGAGAGCGGAUCUCUGCUGUCCAACGGCGAGCUUCUCGUCAUGUGUGAGGACUGCAAGGGAGACGGAGAGCUGCCGGACAAGUGCGCCGAGGACGGGAGGGACAUGAUGGGCGCGCCAGUGGAAGUUUUGGAUGAAGAGACUUCAUCUCCGCCGGCGAUGGCCUCUGCGCCUCUGCUGGGCAGAAGUGUGUGCGCCAACUGCAACGAGGAGAUAGUGGAUAAAUAUUUAUUAAAGGUUAACGACUUGUGCUGGCAUGUGCGCUGUCUCUCCUGCAGCGUGUGCCAGACCUCGCUUGGCAGCCACGCGAGCUGCUACAUCAAGGAGAAGGAGGUUUUCUGCAAACUGGAUUACUUCAGACGUUACGGCACCUGGUGCGCGUGCUGCGGCAGGAACAUCCACUCCACAGACUGGGUCCGCAGGGCCAAGGGCAACGUCUAUCACCUGGCCUGCUUCGCCUGCUUCUCCUGCAAGAGGCAGCUCUCCACCGGGGAGGAGUUCGCCCUGGUGGAGGGCAAAGUGCUCUGCAGGGUCCAUUACGACUGCAUGCUGGACAACCUCAAGAGGGCCGUGGAAAAAGGAAACAGUGUUAAUAUGGAGGGAGCCGUGCCAACGGAACAAGAAAUCAAUCAGCCGAAACCAUCCAAGAGAGCUCGCACCAGCUUCACAGCCGACCAGCUGCAGGUGAUGCAGGCUCAGUUCGCUCAGGACAACAACCCUGAUGCUCAAACUCUGCAGAAGCUGGCGGAGCAGACUGGCCUCAGUCGAAGAGUCAUACAGGUCUGGUUCCAGAACUGCCGAGCUCGCCACAAAAAGCACGUGAGCCCCAAUCACACCUCCAGCACCCCCAUGGCCUCCCUGCAGACCGGCCGCCUGCCCCAGCCCACCCCGACCCCUGAAGAGCUGCAGUACACGGCCUACGGCGGCCCAGAAGGCUCAAUGCUCUCAGCGCUACACUCCUUCAUUGACAUACACUCUCCUCCCUCCAUGUUUCAGCCGCUGCUGCCUGCCCACGCCAUGACCUCCUUGCCUGUGUCUCACGCCUAGCUGCUCUCUCGCUCUCUCUCACACACACACACACACACACACACAGCUUCAGACCUCACCAGCGUUUCUUCUCCAUAACCAGAUGCAGUAUUUUGAUGCUCAAGGUAAAUCUGAUUUGAUGUUCAUCGUUUCAUCUCAUCAUUUCAUUUAAACUUCAACAAAUUCAUCCUUCCAUGUUGGUAUUAAAAAAAAAAACAUAAAACAAACAAACAAACAAAAAAAAAACACUGUUGAAGACCAUGACUUACAGUCCUCUGUGUACUGUAUAAUGUGGAAAUGCAAAGUUUUCAGUGUACCUCAUAGAGCUGUGACACAUGGCAGUAUACUUGUUUAUGUUGUUGUUGACGAUGUCUGACUGUGUUACUCCAUGUGAAAGCCGAAAGGCUCUAAAACUCCGUAUGAAGGUGAACCCGAAUUUGUUUUGUAUAAAUGUUGCAAUUUAAUUUAUUGUAUGUGAAGUUUCUGUUUCAAGAAUAAAGAACUAAUUUCACAAACCUCAAGGAAAUGAUUGAAAACCUACAAAUUGUGUUGACAUCUCUGCACAGCACGGCAUUUUAUUGUUUUACAAAACAUAUUAGCUUAUGGAUCCUACAAGAACAUUUUCCACAUGCAAUUCUAGAUUUUCAGUCCUGCACAUUACAAACAUUUAAACUCGUUUUCACGUCUGACAGCUCAGAGCUAUGCAUCUUCACAAUUUUUUUUUUUUUUUUUUAAUUCUGAAGAGAUUCUGAAAGAAAACGGAGUCCAAUCUUACUAGCAGGGAGGAUUUACUUGUGUCUACUUGCAGACUGUGGUUGACCAAAAGAAUCUUAUUUUCAGACAUGGGAGGGAGCGGAGGGCAUAUAAAAACAAAGUUUUACCACAGUUAUCAGAUCUGAAGUAUUCCCCCCCCCCCGGUGGGAAUGAGACUAGGUCCCAGCUACACGCACAACAACGAGGAGAGAUGUACGAUUCAACUGGGAGCGCAGCCGCUAUUCAGCGCAACACCGAAAAUGACAACAUGUCACAUGUGCGCCAUGCCCCACUGAGGCGCUGCAUGCUUCGUUUGUCCUGUUCCUCAUCCACAAGAACUGUUGUUGUGCUCUUUACUGAACGGCUUCAUGUCCCGGCGUGUUCAGCUCAAACGGAUGCCGUGGGUGUGUGUAAAGUCUGGCAGCGCUGUCACUCUGAGGUACCAUGAGGGCAGGCUCUCAUGUGUGACACACACACACACACACACACACACACACACACACACACACACACACACACACACACGCUCAAGGGAAAGACUCACAAACGUGAGUUGACUUUAAAGAGUCAGAGAGAUUAAAAUCAUUUAAAUAACAGAUGCAUAAGUCCACCCUGGAUAAGAAAGAAAUUAAGCAGAACAGAGUGUUUUGAGACUCAGAGGACAGCUAAGAUGCUCAUUUAUUCAACGUUUUUCCAAAAAAAUAAAUAAAUAAAUAAAUAAAAAAAAAUAACGGACAUAAAACUUUACAUCUUAUUCUCUACUCUAGAAUUAGUCUCAAAGGGUAAAGACAUAAAAGGAUGCAUCUUACUGGGUUUUACAAUCAAACACAGUUAAACGAACAAACUUCCAACUACAUCUAGCACAUAGGUGGGAGGAAACUGCUUUGAACUGGGCUCAGAACUCCUACAAGAGUAAGUCAGCAGCUCUUUUUAGGAUGCAGUGAAAGAACAGUAUCGGACUUUGAAAAGUUGUGUAAAAUAUUCACAGUUUGAGAUAUAAUUUACUGCAGUCGCAAUAAAAAAGGGUCGGUUGUACUGCAAGCGCCUUACAGCAUUUGACUGAUUUUUAAAGUGGCAUCAGUUUGGUAAGGAUGUCAGUUUAGCUGAGAAAAGCCACGCCACCUCA